UCCUCCCUGACUGUCACUUCAGCGCAGUGCAGGACUUGCUCUCUCCCUGACUGCAACAUGCACUCCAACAGACCCACAGCCAUCAGUGUCACCGCAGACACCAGCAUCCCAGCCGGCCUGCGCCUUGGUCCCCUAGUGGGCAUCUUCAAACUGGGGAAGUACCUCUCAGACCGCAGGGAGCCUGGACCAAAGAAAAAGGUGCGGUAUGUGAGAGGGGAGAUCCUGGAUGAAGCAGGAAGUCCUGCCCAGGAAUGGAUAGGGUUAAUCCGUGCUGCCAGGAACGGCCAGGAGCAGAACCUUGAGGCUAUCUCGGACCUUCCAGGAGGACAGAUUUACUACAGGACACUCCGGGAAGUGCAGGCAGGAGAAGAGCUCACAGCCUGGUACUCCAAUUCUCUGGCUCAAUGGUUUGACAUCUCAACUACUGCAACUCCCACCCACGACGAGAAAGGGGAAGAGAGAUACAUUUGCUGGUAUUGUUGGAGAACGUUUAAAUACCCCAACACCCUGAAGGCUCACAUCCAUUUCCACUGCACACUGAACAACGGCAGGGGAUUUCUAAACAACGAACAAGUCAGAAGUUCAGAACUGUUCCCUGGGUCCCCCAAAAUCUCUGAUGGGGUGUCUGGUGCUACCCCUCCUCUGAGAGGCAACCUUCAGCAUUCAACCAGGGACCACAUUAAAAGGGAGUCCUCAUUGUCUCCUGCAUUGAGCAAGUUGGGGGUGAUCAAGAAGGCUCUUGGGAAGGAGGAACAGGACAGGGCUCUUGAUAUGAGUGUAGGUUCAGCAAAGAACCAUGGACAAUUUAUUGGCAUAGUGGGCAAUGCUUGUGGAGGGAAUGGCAUGGCUUUUUAUCCAGGCAUCAGGUCUGCUUUUAAACCCACUGGACUAUCCAAGUUACCUCAUGCUGAUUCAUCCAGAGAGGACACAAAAGCAAAUGGCUUGGGUUUUAGCAAACUUUUGGGAGGUAUCAAACCAAACCGCUCAGGAAAUGACGCUUUGGUCAGCAAUCACCAUUCCAAGUGUUUGCACCCUGGAGAUGGACCUUCCAAUGUCCUGUCCUGUUCCACAGGCCUGAGGGGCUUUCCCAUCCUUUCUCACUUGGAUGAAACAUCUGCUUUCAAACACGUGGAGAGGGGAAUCCAUGCCAGCCUUUCCCCCACCAGUCGCUACAACCAAGUACCACCAGCGGGGCUUCACUUUGAGAGGUUCUCCAUCCCACCUUUUGAAGGCAUCAAGUCCUACUCAGCGGAAUGUAACAUCCCGGUCAUGCCUUUCACUGUGUACAAUGGGGAGCUCCUCUACAGCACCCCAUACUACCCUUUCAAGUUCCACUUCAGCAACCUCAUUAAGUAUCCGGAGUCCAUGUCUUAUUUCAACGCUGGACCAGCCAUGAACCCAGACUUGGGUUCCAUCACCACCAGCAUUGACCGUGAGAUAGCCAUGCACAGCCACCAGCUUUCUGAGAUAGCUUCUGAGAAGAACAGGGUGGGCAGGCUGGAGACCAUUGCAGGGGCUGCUGCCCCAGGAACUGGCAAACCCAAAAAGGGCCACCUCUGCCUCUACUGUGGCAAACUGUACUCUCGCAAAUAUGGCCUGAAGAUCCACAUGAGGACUCAUACAGGGUAUAAACCCCUCAAAUGUAAGGUCUGCCUGAGACCAUUUGGGGACCCUAGUAACUUGAACAAGCACAUCCGUUUGCACGCAGAGGGGAACACCCCUUACCGCUGUGAGCAUUGUGGCAAGGUGCUUGUGAGGAGAAGGGACUUGGAAAGACAUGUCAAGUCCAGACAUCCAGGACAGAGUCUGAGUAGUAAAGACCAAGAACAGACUGACCCAUCAUUCUCUCAGCCAGAGGCUAAAAGUGAGGACAAUGACAGUGAGGUAGAUGUGUGUUUCACUGAUGAACAAAGUGAUCAGGAGACAGGGGGCAGCAAAGAGCACUGAAGCAGCAAAUAUACAGAGACAGAUGUUUAUAUAACUAUAUCAUAUUAAAUAUACAUAUAUGCAGAUGUAUUAUACAUGUACAGUAUGGAUUUGGAUGUAUCUAUUUAUGUGAUUCGAAACGGAAUUAUUCAAACUUUUGGGUUCCAGUUAGCAGAUUAACUUUUUAUAUUAUCUUUGUUAGUGAGUGGGAAAAAAAGAGGAAAUGUGGGCUUGAAUGUGUGUUAGUGGUCUGACACAGGUGUGAAUGUGACAAUGGACCAUAUGGGAUCAAAGUGGCACUUUUUCUUUUCUAAGAAAAUAAUUCUGGUGUUAUAAAAUUUUUCACUGACUAAUUUUAUGAUGGGUGCCCUAUAAUAUUUAAAUUCCUACAGAGGUGAUGAAACUCAACUUAUUUCUUAAUAAUGAUUCAUGCCUUUAUAUAUCGCCCUAUCUAUACCUACCCAGUGCUCUCACAUUGCAGAAGAGGGCAUCAAUCAUUAUAUUGUACAACAAGGGUGUGAGGCUGGACAUUUUAAUAAGGCACCACAAUGAAAGACAAUGGCCUGGUUACUUUAAAAAACACACAAUUUAUGGUAAUAUGUUUUUCAAAAUGUUUUUUUCUAGCCCAUUCAAUAAAUGUAUCAAAUAUAUUUUAUUAUUCUGGUCAAUGUAACGCAAUGAACAUAUUGUAAUACUAUUGUAUAUUUUAAUGAAUUACUUGUUGGGCCACCUUUUGAAGGGUGAACCCAAACUCACUCACUAUUGUGUUUAAAAUGCUCUUUGAUAUUCGGAAAGUUGUGUAGGUUUGUAUUUUUUAUUUUAAUAACAGAUGAUGUACAGU